CUUGAGCAAAACAAGCCCUCUCUUUCUAUGCUUCCUUGGUAUAUUUUUGAGCAUUCCUGGUACUUCUCUGAUCGUAUGUUUUCUUGUUUGCUCUCCCUCCUAGCCAGUCCAGCAAGAUGGGCUACCAGGCCUGGCUGCCCCUGCCGCUGCCCAGGCAGCUGGUGGUGUUCAGCCUGGGGGACUGGAGCUGCUACUCCCCAGACACCAGCAUCACAGUGGACGUGUUGGUGGCACCGGGCGUCGGGGUGCAGCGGCUCGGCACGCUGGGGCCUGCCUGCAGGUCUCUGGUGUGGGAAGGUGACUGGAGGACAGAUGUUUUCAUGGCCUCGUUGAAAGAAACGCAUGAAGGCAACCCUGUGAAGCUUGUCCUGACUGUCCAUGGACAGCUGCUCCACGGAGUCUCCAGCAGCACGCCUGCCCACUCAUUUCUGGUCCCAGAGACCACCCAGUCCCCAGUGCUUCCUGCUGACAAUGGGCCCCUUGAUCGGGACCUGGAGGAUCCUUCUGCUGUUAAGGGUCAAAGCUCCGAGGUGACUGCAAGAGCUUCCUGGCCUGCUGGGAAAGACUAUCACACAUCACUAAGGAGCCUAGUGGUACCCUGUGCCCUGAAGCGACCACCUCAUGGGAUAGAACCCGGUGACGCUUGGAGGGAGAGUCCUGUCUGCCCCAAGAAGCCCAGGAAAAUUUUAUUUGAACCCAGAGCAUCUGAGAGAGAGCUCGAUGUAGAAGAUCUGGCAGUGGAGGAGUUGCAAGGCAGCCCCAGCCCGCGGUGGUGCCAUGCCAUGUGCCUCAGUGAUCUGAGAACGGCUGUUCUGGUUGGUGGAGAAGGGGCUGAUCAGCAGGCCUGCAAGGAUGCUCUUUGGAAAUUGGAAAUUGACAGUGAUUUUUGGUUUCCAGUGAGUCUCCAGCAACAAAAUGCUAUGCCAUCAUGCUUACGUGGUCACACAGCUACCUAUGACCCAGACACCAAGCGUAUCUACAUUUUUGGGGGCACUAGGGAGGACAAAGACUACAGUGGCAUCUACAUUCUGGACACAGUCACCUGGAAAUGGCUUCUUGUGGCUGCUAAAGGAAGAAUGCCAUCGCUGACCUACCACAGUGCAACUAUCUACCGCAAGGAGCUCUUUGUUUUUGGCGGGGCUUUCCCUAAAACAGCAUCGCUGGCAGUUGGACCCUGCAGCAACAUGCUCUAUAUCUUCAAUCCAGAACAUGAAAUUUGGUACCAGCCCAUCUCAGAAGGGGAAAAGCCUCUGCCUAGGCUUGGGCAUUCAGCUACUCUACUGAAGAACAAGCUGCUGAUCUUUGGGGGUCAGAGGUCUUGUCUCUACCUCAGUGACAUGCACAUCUUGGAUCUGGGUUUCAUGGAAUAUACACCAGUCGCACUCUGUGCAGGACAGCCUUCUGCACGUUGCUUAAGCCCCCAGUCUGCUCCUGAAAAUCUGCUCGCCUCUGCCCAUUGUUGGCUGACACAACCCCACCUUUGCUCUGGUCCCAGUUUUCAUGCAGCUCUGGCUGUGUCGGACUGGAAAGUUCUGAUCAGUGGAGGCUGCAAUGCCAAGGGAGCCCUGCAGGAUGCCUUUGUUUUUCACCUAGAUACUCUUUCAUGGAGCACAGUGAUCCACCAUGACCUCUGCUCUGUGCCACGAGCUGGCCACACGUUGCUUGAUCUGACUCCCAUGAUGGAUGUGGAGAAGGAGAACAAGAAUAAGCAUAACCUGCACACAGUGCUGGUCUUUGGAGGCUCCAACUGUGCAGGGGCCUUUUACAGCAGCACAAAGAAGAUCCAGCUGGACCUAGGAUAAUGCAGGAUAACCAGAAUGAAUCUGUCCCCUCUUUGCCAGCAUAAAGAGGGGUAAUAAUGAGUCCCAAUAAUAAAAGAGUCCCAGCAAUGCGGGAAGUGAAUGCUA